ACCACCGGCGGUGCCGUCACAUUGCGGUCCCCCGGGGCCACUUCCGGGUGGCGCCGGUGGCGCGGCCGUGGCUGUCGCCUGUCGCGACAGGGAGGUGGCCCGGCCCUCCCGGGGGUCGCCGCUCGCUGUCGCCAUGAGGGUGGGGGCGGUGCUGCGGCUCUGCUCGCGCCCGGAGCUCCGGUACCAGCAGGGCCAGCGGCCGGAGCCUGGAAUCCGCGAGUAUUUUUAUUACGUAGAUCACCAAGGGCAGCUUUUCCUGGAUGACACCAAAGUCAAGAAUUUUGUCACCUGCUUCAAAGACGUCGGAUUCCUUUCCUCCUUCUCCCGUUCCCAGGAGCGCUUCCCGUUCCUGUCGCCGGGCGCCGUCGGCUUGGUGCGCUGGGCGCUGGCCCAAGAGCUGAGCGCGCACUUUCGCUUCCACAACGGGCCCCAGGAGCCCCCGACGCAUUUGGUGUGGCGAGGGAAGGAGCAUCGGCUCUGCGGGGAAAUCCUGGGAAUGCUGCGGGCGCACAGAUCGGGGUCGGAGGCGGGAGCUGCGAUGGCCGCCCCGUGAAUCGCUGGGAAGCGAAUCAACUCGUUCCUGCAGUCGUUAAAUACAUUAAAUACAUUAAAUACACUGG